AAUCCGCUCUUUACGAUUCGAUUUCGAACCCAAAAAUUGAACUCGAAAACCCUUUUUCGUUUCAUCCAUCCACCGUUUAACGGAUCAAAAAUCAUCAGAUAAAUCUCUAGGAAAAGAUAGAGAGACUUCAAAGAUUGUUUUAUCGACUCAAUCGAUUGAUCAUCCAUGGAGUUUUUCUGUUGAUAUCUCUCUCUUCUUUGUACUGCUGGACUGAUUUUCGAAGAAUUUCAAGUUUUUUUGUGGCAAAAUAGAUUGUAAAAUGGCUGGAUCAAACGAGAAUUUUCCAGAUGUAAUCCGCCCUACCAAAGUACAAGGAGGAGGAGGGGGAUUAAAAGCAGGAAGUGGGAAAUUAGGAGUCCCAAUUUGUCAAAACAGGAGGGCAUUGAGUGAUAUCAACAAGAAUAUCAUCAGAGCUCCACCAGCAUACCCUUGUGCUGUUAAUGGUUUACCAGGAAAAAAACCAAUCCCUAGUAAGAAACCACUUGUUCCAGUUCGUCGACCCAUUACUAGGACAUUUGGAGCACAAAUAAGCAGCAAACCAUCGCUGCCUUUACCGGAGGGAAAGAAGCCAAAAGUCCAAACAAUCCCUGAUGAAAAUGACACUCAAGACUGCAGCAUUAUUGAUGCUGAAGAUGAUUUUAAUGCACCAAUGUUCGUGCAACAUACAGAAGCUAUGCUGGAAGAAAUAGAUAAGAUGGAUGAAGAUGUAUACGAGGAACCGCUUUUGGACAUUGACAAUGCUGAUAAGGGUAAUCCUUUUGCCGUUGUUGAGUACAUUGAUGACAUUUACGCGCACUACCGGAAACAAGAGAUAUCAAGCUGUGUUUCACCAAGAUACAUGUUACAACAACAUGACAUAACCGAUAGGAUGAGAGGCAUUCUCAUCGACUGGCUAAUUGAGGUGCACUACAAAUUUGAACUGAUGGAAGAGACCUUAUAUCUGACGGUCAAUCUGAUUGACCGGUUCUUGGAGCGUCAACCUGUAUCAAGAAAGAAACUCCAGCUCGUUGGAGUGACAGCCAUGCUUUUAGCUUGCAAAUAUGAGGAAGUUUCUGUGCCUGUGGUUGAGGACUUUAUAGUAAUUUCUGACAAGGCUUACACAAGAACAGAAGUUCUUGAUAUGGAGAAGGUAAUGGUGAAUACCCUUCAGUUCAAUUUCUCGGUUCCAACUCCAUACGUGUUCAUCAAGAGGUUUCUCAAAGCUGCACAGUCCCACAAAGAGUUGGAGCUACUAUCAUUCUACUUGAUGGAUAUGUGCUUGGUGGAAUAUGAAAUGCUGAAGUUCCCACCUUCAUUACUAGCAGCAGCUGCUGUAUUCACAGCUGAAUGUACUCUGAGCAGAUCAAAGCAAUGGACCAAAACAAGUGAAGCUCAUUCACACUAUUCUGAACAUCACCUAUUGGAAUGCACGAAGAUGAUGGUUAGUUUACACCAAAAGUCAGGCAGCGGAAAACUUGUCUCAGUUUUCAAGAAGUAUGGCACAUCGAAAUAUGGCCAUGUAGCGCGAACCCAACCUGCUCACUUCAUGUUGGAGUCGAGGUUCUGGAAUUGAUUAUAAAAUUUUACAAGUUAUGGUGGCGUUUUAUGUCGAAAAUGUUGGGUCUCGUGAGCAACAUAUAGUUGCCGUUUAGGUUGUUUGAAUUUUUGUUAGGAUUUCCCGCAACUAUUUAGAUCGCCUGUGAGCGGAUCUAUUCGUAUGUUUGAUGAUGCCGUGUUUUUAACCGUUUACGAAGUUAUUGUUUUAAUGUGAAGCAUAUGUUAUUAGUAUUCUUUUC